CAUACAUCGAAUGUCAUCCGCGGCGGUGUCCGACUGGCCAGCUGGCGGCCGCAGCGCCGGGUUUGCCCUCUCGCCGGACCCGGCAGCGCCGUCCUGCAGCUCGGAUAGCGACUCCAGCCUGGGCGAUGGGCAUCUCAUAUCGCCGGCAACCCCGCAUGCCUCGUCUGCCUCGUCCAGCUCCUCCUCGAUCGAUCUCCUGGGGGCUCCCUUCUCGGAGGUGGUCAACACCGGCGUCGAUGCGGUGAACAUCCUCCAGACCCACCUCAGCCGGCCGUCCAGCGACUGGGUGACCGUCGACCAGGACCAGCGCCGGCGAAAGAAGCGCUCCUCCGGGCGCCCCUGGGUCCAGGUGUCCAUGACCACCGGGCUCAAUGGCCAGACCUCGCCACUGGGUGUCAUCCGGGGCUUCUGCGAGAUCACAUCCACCGCUGGCUUUGACUUUGACCCGGGGGACGUGUCGCCGAUGGCCCUCUGGGCUUCCUCCAUCACGCCGGAAUGCCGGGAGAUGUGGGACGGGCUCUUUGGCUCCGGCAAUGUCCUGUCCCUGUUGAAUGCCCCGCGGCCGGUGUGUGAAACAAAUGGCACCCUGCCGGUGUUGCUGGUGUACGCCAGCACGGCCCCCAUCCGGUUGGUGGCCGUCCGGGACUUCAUCCUGUCGAUUGGCUCGCGCUUCCAGGGAGCGUCGCUCCUGUCGUCGGCCGCGUCGCUGAACACAACCGCGGCCGAUUCCGCAUCGAAGAAUGUCCGCGCCACGGCUCGGGUGUUUGGCUGGCACUUUGAGCCGGUCUUCCAGCAGCCCGACGGGGAGCGCGCCGAUGGUGACACCCCUGGCCCCCUGCCCCCGGCCGAUGGCACCUCGGGUGGCGUGUGCCCGGUGACGCACUUGGCCGGGGCGCGGAUUACCCUGCUGAUGGACAUCAGCACCCUGGGCGGCUACCUGCCCGAUCGGGUGGCCUCCCUGGCGGUGGCCAGCAUGCCGGUGGCGGCCUCCGGGCUGGCUUGGUAUUGCGCCGCCGGGCCGGGAGCCCCGGCGGCUGUGGUCGGCAUCCGGGGGCUGAUCUCCUCGCAGCCGGUCCUUGGCCGUUCGGCCAUCGACUUUGACGAGCCCACUGGUCGUCUGUCUGGCCGGUGGUCCCUGCUGGAUGGGUAUUCGGCCGGCGAGCUCCGGGUGUGGUGUCCUCGGCGACGCUACCAGCAUGGCGUGCGCAUCACCCUGCGUUCGAGCGUUCGCUGGCCGGCCGACGCCGGGCCCCAGGGCCGGCCGAGGGUGCGCCUGGACCAGGGCGGGGCCUUGGUGCUGCUCUUGCCGCUUGCCUGGCCGGUGACCACGCCUCCGCUGCAGGGGCUGCCUGCCGGCACGUCCCGACCGGAGUGGAUCCUGACCGUGGAGCCGGCCGCUCGGCCGGCCAAUCCCCAUGCUCGGCCCCCACAUCCGGUGGUCUUCUUCAAUGACCGGCAAGUGGCCAUCCUCGGCCAGGGCCCGGGCGCCGAGCCGCCAGUUCCAUCGCGUCUGGGCGCCGGGCCGGAGGCCAUCCAUCUGGCCGCUCGGGGGUCCUGCUUUUGGCCACUGCUCCGGCCAUCGGUCGAGGCGGCUGUCAGGGCCGAAGCCCGAGCGGCGGCCAAGGCGAAGGCCGCCGCCGAGACCGAGGCCAAGGUCAAGCCCCCCCAGGCCGGAGCCCAUGACGCCGGUGCCCCGGCCCGGGCUCCGGCCCCGGUGUUUGACCCGGUCCAUGACGUGCCGGUCGGCGCCCAUCCCCAUGCGCGGCUCUGUGCGGAUGCCUGCCAGCGGUUUUUGGACUUGCUGCGCGAGCCGGAGCCCGAUGGGCCCGGUGCUCAGACCGGGUCCUGGGCACUGGUGGACACCUUCCAGGGCCUGCGGGUGAGCCGAUUCACGGGCCCGGUGGGCCCGGCCUCGCUGGGGCUCUUCCGGUCGAGUAUUUUGCUGGAAACCCCCAGCCGAAUGCCUGGCGCCUCUCAGGCCGACCAAUUGACCGGCGGGCCCUGGUCCGAGGCAUUGGCGCGUGCCGGUCGCCUGGCUCUCGGGGCCGCCCCGCCGGGGGCCGCCCAGUUCCUGACAGCCGCCGAGCAUUCCACCGAGCGCGGGGUCUGGGAUGCCGGGCUCUUUGCUUCGGGGGCCAUCCUCCCGCCGGAGCUUGACCAGCGCACCGUUUUGGCUUCGGGCUCCAGCCAAUCCAUGAUGCUGGUCAGUGGGCGGGAGUUUGUCCUGGCCUCGCGGCGGUGGUGCAUCGACCAUCCGGCUGGCGAGCAGACCUCCCCCUCCACGGUCGGGGAGUCUCCCUUCGGUGCUGGCCCGGCGGGAUCGCGCCUGGAUCGGACACUGCUGCAUGUGGGCACGUCGGUGGACGAUCCGGCCCGGGCGCCGCCGCGGCCGGGGCUUGUCCGUGGACGGAUGGCCCUGGCGGCCUGGCGGCUGGAUGAAUUCCGGCACCCGGAGUCCGGGGCCCUGCUUGGACUGGGGAUCACGUACAUGGUGGAAAUUGACCCCGGUGGCAAGUUGCCGCGGGCCAUUGCCCAGCGUGUGGCGCAGGAUGCGCCGCGCGCUGUGACCCGGGUGAUCGAGCACUUGGCGCGGUUCGGGGCGCCAGUGGCCCCGGCCGACGGCGGAGACGGCCGGCUCCGGGCGCACUCCGAUUGGGGGCCGGCCGAUCGGCCUGACCGGGAUCUGGCCGGAGGCUCGAAGUCCGGCAGUGCCCUCUUCGCCGCCGAGUGCGGCGGCCGGCAGGGCGUCCUGGAUGUGGCCUUCUGCCCGCGGCGCUUCCGGGCCGGGGUCCUGGUGCGUGCCGGGUCCGGGGUGUCUCAGGUCCUGGUGGACCACGCACGCUGCGAAUUGCGUCUGGUCAAUGGCGCCCCGGGCGAGCCCAUGGGCCGGGUGGUCAUUUGCCAGGCGUCACCGGCGGAUCUCGCCAGUGCCGGAGUGGCUAUCGGCUCGGUUGCCGGCGGCCCCGGGGUGCCGGUCAUCUUCAACCACCAGCCCGCCAUCGAGGGGCGUCUUGACAGUCCCUUCUCACUGGCGGCCGCCGAGCCCGCGGCCCCCGGGGCCGAGCCCGGCAAGGAGCAGCCCCGGCAGCCGGGCGAGGCCGGCCCCGGGUCCGGGUCCGGGUCUGGCCCGGGGCCCGGCUGCGGCCGGAUGCCCUCCCACCGCCCGGGGCCGGCGGGCCCCUGUCCCCCGCUGCCGGGAGGCAUGGCGGAGUCGUGUGCCGCGACGGCGAUGGCCACCGCCGCUGCCGCGGCCGCGGCCACUGCGCGGGCCCCCCCGCAUGCUCCUUUGACCGCCGACGAGAUCCUGCUGAAUGCGGCGGUGGCCAUCUCGCGCGGCAUCCCGGCCCAUUCGACCGAGGAGCGGAAUUUCGGCUUGGCCUUCCUUGUGGCCGCACCGGUGGUGGCCAUUGCGUUGGCAUGCACCACCAGCCUCCUCUGAUCACGUCCUUAUAGAAUGCUGUUUGGGGA